CUUUCAAACGCAGUCUCUUCCACUCUGUAUUGCAUGAUCUAUAUAGGUUUAGCGCUUUCGAGCAGCCCACCUGCUGGAAAGUGCCAAGUAAGAGUCUUUAAAAGGAUUAACAUCUUCUCAGGAGAACCCAGAAUGAUAACGAUGACACCUCCAGCAUCAGGCCAGAGACUGAGGCUCAGAGGGGGUACCGCCCCCUGGGCUGGCUAUGUCCAGGUGUAUAGGGAAAGGGAGGGAUGGUUGCUGGUGGCAGACUCUCCACAUGGCUGGACGAAAGACGAAGCAUCGGUCGUCUGCAGGAGCCUUGGUUUCACCAGAGGAGCGGCAUCAGCUACCCAGGGGCUUUGCUUUGGUUUUCUGUCCGGGAUGAGAGAAGGAGUGCGUCAUGUGAAAUGCCAGGGCCAGGAGCAACACUUCAUGAACUGUAACCUUAUACUAGGAGAUUCGGAAGAUCUUGAUAAUACAGUGGUCGGAGUACGCUGCCUGAGGAACUGGGUGUCUGAGUGUGGUGCUGUAGGGGGAGUUCGCUGGGGUGACAAAUGCUACUUCGUCCACACAUCGGACCUCGCGUCGCACUCUGAGGCUCGUGUCAGGUGCUCUUCCAGGGGUGCCAGGCUCCUCUCUAUCACCUCCCAGGUAGAGAACGACUUCGUCUCCGACCUCCUGGAGGCGAUGGGUGGGGACACCUUGAGUUUUUACACUGAAGGCGUCAUGAACCACGUCAACCAUCUCUCCCAGCGGAGGGUCAACUCCCUCAGUUUGCCUUUCUCAGCGUGGUGGCCAGGCUGGAACGGGACCCAGAGCGGCCGACGUAGCACGGCAAGGAACACUGAAGGAACCUCCUGCAUAUCUUUGAAGAAGAAAUUUCCCCAUACCUCAGAGGGUGGAGAGAACCUUAACCCUCAGCAGCAUUUCUUCGGGGAGUCAUCGAACUGUGAGGAGAAGCUCCACUACGUUUGUGAAACCAACAAGAUCGACGUUACUGCAUCAACGGCCAGGGAUGACUUACUCAGGCACAGGCAACAUCACUGCUCAGGUGAACCCUGCUUGUCGUGGAGUGACCCGAGGGUUCAACCAAAGGUGAAGGCUUUACUUAUGGCUGCUGACCUCAGGGACAACUACUGUGCCAACCCAGACAAUGAUGACAUGCCAUGGUGCUUCACUGCCAGAGAAGAAGCCAAUGCGAGCAGCAGGAGCCUGAGGUGGAGGAUGCGGUCAGGAACAGCUCUGCUGUGCCCAGGAGCAGUUACCCUAGGGAAAGUGUGUCCGCCAGGCAAGUUCAGGUGUUCAUCUGGUGACUGCAUCGACAGACAGCGGCUGUGUGACGGCGUAUUUGACUGUGAUGACAAGAGUGACGAGGUGGGGUGCCCCGACUACAGCCACGAGUUCAGAAAGCAAGUGAGGCACAGGUUGCAAGGGAACGAGGUAGGGGAAUGGCUGUACACCAAGAAAACCUGUGCUGCCCGCUGCAUCCAGGCCAAGAACUUCGUCUGCAAGUCGUUUAACUACCAGGAGUCCACAGAGACGUGUAUCCUGAGCAACAGCAACGUGGGGCUCUCUGGAGGUUUGGUUCCUGCUGAGGACUGGGAGUACUACGAACUGAAGAACUUGACUGUGGACUGUACCAACAUGCUCGUCUGUAAUGAUAAUAAAUGCAUCGACAUGACCCUGGUAUGUGAUGGUCGUCGGGACUGUAAAGAAGGUGAAGACGAGAAGUGUGCCAGCCAACUGAACUUCGAUGUGCGGCUCGUCAACGGCUCUGGCCCCCACGAGGGCCGCGUCGAGGUCAGAGUGUUCGGUCGAUGGGGCCCCGUGUGUGACGACAUGUGGGGGGUGCCAGAUGGGGACGUAGUGUGCCAACAACUGGGCUUUACUUCCGGAGCUAAGGAAGUCUUCCAAAACUCACGUUUUGGCUGGGGCAGCGGGCAGUACCUGAUGGAUGAUCUCAACUGCAACGGUAAAGAGGCCUCACUGGCUGAAUGCGACUUCGCUGGCUGGAACAGACAUGACUGUACGGAGUCAGAGGCGGCAGGGGUGUUGUGUUACCAGCGUGGGGAUUUGUGUGCGCUGGAGCAGUGGAGGUGCGACAACGGUCGCUGUGUCGAGUACAGGUUCCUCUGCGACAACACCGAUGACUGCAACGACAACUCCGACGAGGACCAAGAGAUGUGCAAGGCCCCAGUGGAGGUGCGCCUAGCUGGAGGUGGCGCAGGUGAAGGCGUGCAUCAGGGGGUGAGAACUGUCCAGGGGCGUGUGGAGGUGAAUUACAUGGGCAUCUGGGGUAGUGUGUGCGAUGACUUCAUCGGUACUGAAGAAGCGCAUGUGCUGUGUCGCAUGCUGGGAUGGGAAAGGGCCUUAUAUGUCUAUAAGAAUAACACCUUCGGCCCUGGUAGUGGUCCGGUGUGGCUGAAAGUCCUGAAGUGCCGGGGGAACGAGACCAAUGUAGUACAGUGCCAACGCGCGCUCUGGGGCCACACCAAUUGCGACCACACCGAGGACCUCGGACUUCGAUGCUCAAACAAUCCAACGACCAUGUGUGGGAGAGCGGAGGUGCACGACAAUCCGCCCUUCAAGGCUGGGCAAUCCAGGGUGGUGAGUGGCCACACCGCCCUUCGUGGCGCCUACCCCUGGCAGGUGGCCAUCUACCUUCGGUUAUUUCACUGGUCAUUUCACUGUGGAGGAGCGAUACUGAACACAGAUUAUGUGCUGACAGCUGCCCACUGCAUGAAAUUCGCCUCCUACCGCAUCAAGAUAGGAGACUACUCCCUUCGGAGAGACGAAGAGGAGGAACAAGUGUUUAAUGUAUCGACCAUAUUUAUCCACCCGGAGUACGACCGGUCUGUCUACCUUGACAAUGACGUGGCUCUCAUCAAGAUUGUCAGGAAGAACGGUAGAGGCAUACAGUUCGGCAAGUUCGCCCAACCUGUGUGUCUGGUGCCGCCUGCCUGGAGGUAUAUUCCAGGUUUGUGCUGUGCCGUGGCUGGGUGGGGCAGGUUAGCAUACAAUGGAAUAAAGCCCGAGCUGCUUCAGGCUGCCUUCGUGUCCAUCCUGCCGGAUGAAAUGUGUACUACGGACCAAGCGUACGGGGCAUCAAGUAUCACCCAGGGGAUGUACUGCGCAGGAUACCCGGAAGGAGGUAUUGAUGCCUGUGAGGGUGACUCCGGAAGUCCAAUGGUUUGCAAGGUGGACGAUCCAAAUAUAUUUAAUGCCAAGCAGCUGCCACACCAUCCCAUCUCCCUGGAAGACCACGUCUGGCCGCCGUACUUGCCUAUCAACCCAUAUAACUGA